UCAGGGUCGAUUCGCACACAAGCUCUUGAAUGAUCUGAUGGAGAAUUACUCCAGUGCUCUGCGACCGGUGGAUGACACGGACAAAUCCCUCAACGUCACACUGCAGGUCACACUGUCUCAGAUCAAAGACAUGGACGAGAGGAACCAGGUGUUAAUCGCGUAUCUGUGGAUCAGACAGACGUGGUACGACGCCCAUCUGAAGUGGAGUAAAGAGGAGUACGAUGGUCUGGAGGUGAUCCGGAUUCCCAGCAGCCUCGUGUGGAGGCCGGAUCUGGUGCUGUAUAACAAGGCGGAUGAUGACUUCUCCGGGCCGGUGGACACUAACGUGGUUCUGCGGUAUAACGGUGAGAUCACGUGGGACGCUCCGGCCAUCACUAAGAGCUCCUGUGUGGUGGAUGUUUCCUACUUUCCCUUCGACAGCCAGCAGUGCAACCUGACCUUCGGCUCGUGGACCUACAAUGGAAACCAGGUGGACAUCACCAUGGGGAUGGACAGUGGCGACCUGUCGGACUUCGUGGAGAACGUAGAGUGGGAAUGUCACGGAAUGCCGGCCACUAAGAACGUGAUCAUGUACGGCUGCUGCUCGGAUCCGUAUCCCGACAUCACCUAUACACUCCUGCUGCAGAGACGCAGCUCCUUCUACAUCUUUAACCUGCUGCUGCCCUGCUUCCUCAUCUCCUUCCUCGCUCCUCUGGGCUUCUACCUCCCUGCCGACUCGGGAGAGAAGGUCUCGCUGGGCGUCACGGUCCUGCUGGCGCUCACCGUCUUCCAGAUGAUGGUCGCGGAGAGCAUGCCUCCCUCCGAGAGCGUUCCUCUGAUCGGUAAAUACUACAUAGCGACGAUGACUAUGGUCACAGCGUCCACUGCUUUAACCAUCUUCAUCAUGAACAUUCAUUUCUGUGGAGCCGAGGCCAAACCGGUGCCGAACUGGGCCAAAGUCCUCAUCAUCGACUACAUGUCCAAGAUCUUCUUCGUCUAUGAGGUUGGCGAGAGCUGCGCGUGUCCGUUCGGACAGAUGGAGGAAGCCGAGUCCUUCCACAGUCAGAACCACAAGAAGAAGCUCCAUCCCAAAGAGAAAGCGAAAGGAGCUCCGCCCACCUGCUGUCCCGACGACGACAAACCAGCCGCCUUCACGCUGACCUUUGACCCCUGCGUUUACUGCGGUUGCCGUGGCAACAGCGGAACUCUCGGCUGCGACCCGAAGCUGGUCCGGAAUGUCGAAUACAUCGCAAGCUGCUUCCGCGAGCAAAAGGCCACGUGCCUGAAAGUGGCCGAAUGGAAGAAGGUCGCCAAGGUCAUGGACCGAAUCUUCAUGUGGAUAUUUUUCAUCAUGGUCUUCCUCAUGAGCAUCCUCAUCAUCGGGAAAGCACCUUGACCUGAGAGAGCACAGGCGUCAUAUUCAAUUGGACUAUUUGACAUAU